AAAAAAUCAUACUACUGUACGUAAAAGAAAACUAAAUGAGCAUGACAUUCUGGCAUUUUAAAGCAUACUCAAUGUUGAGAAGUUUCACAUACGGGUAGUCCUACCACAAAAUGUUCUAUUCUCACUUAACCAUGCUGCCUACUAACAUAGCAUGGUGGUUCAUCAUAGCCCUGCCUAUGCAGUAGGUGGAUGACUUCCUUCCUGUUUCCUGACGAUAUUGAAACCAUCAAACCUUUCUCGUGGUGAUCUGCGAGCAUCUAAUUGGUAAAGAGGUCAUCAUGAUGACUGGAACAGGUUGUUGGUGUGGGACUCUGCUGCUUCUCCUGCACAUAGCAGACUCUGAGAGGUUUGAGGUGCUUGGUUCGACUCGUGCCAUUGUUGCUGUGGCUGGUGAUGACAUCAUUCUGCCCUGUUAUAUCAAACCCAACAUCAGCGCUGAGGACAUGAGAGUUGACUGGUUCAGAAUCAACCUCCCAGACCCUCAGUCAAACAUUCGAGUCCAUCUCUACCAAGAUGGCAUAGACAAAUACCAUGAUCAGGUCCUCUCCUACAGGGGAAGGACAUCAUUGUUUAAAGAGGAACUGAAGAAGGGCAACACCUCUUUGAAACUGACCAGGGUACAAGGCACUGAUGAUGGACGUUAUAAAUGUCUUGUUGAGUCUAAGACACAUUAUGAUGAUGCCACCAUUCAAGUCUACGUCAGAGCCGUAGGAUCCAAGCCAGAGGUUUCCAUUGAGGGACAGAAAGAAGGAGGAAUGGCUCUGCUGUGUGUAUCUAAAGGCUGGUUCCCUGAGCCUGAGUUGGAGUGGCUGGACAGUGAAGGGGUCACUCUGUCUGCUGGACCUUCAGAGACAGACAGGGACUAUGAGGGAUUCUACAUAGUCAAACUAAAGAUCCCCGUUAACGAGACUGACAACCUCUUUACCUGCAGACUGAGACAGAGGCAGCAACAUGAGGUGAUUAAGAUGGAGACAGAGUUUCACUUCCCUAGCGAGCCGAUCCUUGUUCACACAGACACAUGGAAAGUGGCCCUUGCAGUGAUUGGCUCUCUGGGCUUUUUCCUUAUGGUCAUAUUAGCUUUCACCAUUUGGCGCUGGAAUGCUUUGUGCAAGGUCUAUGAUGCAUCCAGAGCUGAACACAGUCAAGAGCUAGAGCAAGUUAAAGAUGAACUCAGACUUGAGUUGGAGAAAAAUCUCAACACUAAGCUGAAGAUGCUUGCUGAUCAGCUGGAUUUAGUAAACAUGAAGGGCUGUCCAGAACUUGAAACCAUCAGAAAACAUGCAGUGGAUGUGACUCUAGAUCCUGAUACAGCACAUCCUAAACUCAUCCUGUCUGAAGACAGGAAACAAGUUAGAUGUGGAGACAUAAAACAGGAUCUCCCUGACAACCCAGAGAGGUUUAAUACUGUUCACUAUGUCCUGGGAAAGGAGGGCUUCUACUCAGGGAGAUUCUACUAUGAGGUUCAGGUGAAGGGGAAGACUGGGUGGACUUUAGGAGUGGUCAUAGAGUCCAUAAACGGGAAGAAGAAGAUUGACCUGAGACCUGAGAAUGGAUGCUGGACUGUGUGUCUGAUGGAUGGAAAGUACAAGGCUUUCACUGGCCCCUCUGUCUUCCUCUGCCUGAGAGAGAAGCCCCAGAAGGUGGGGGUGUUUGUGGAUUAUGAGGAGGGUCAGGUCUCUUUCUACAAUGUAGAGGCCAGGUCUCAUAUCUUCUCUUUCACUGGCUGCACCUUCACUGAGAAACUCUAUCCACUAUUUUAUUGUGGUGCUAUUGAUAACUCAGCCCCACUGGUCAUCACUCCUAUAGGUGUCACUGACUAACUGUUUUAUAUCAAACAUUGAAAUACUGGUAGUGUGUGUAUGUGUGUGUGUGUGUGUGCGCGUGCAAGUGUGUGUGUUACUGUCAUGACGUUGCCCUGUUGGGUGAGGUUUAUGACCCACCCCCAUAAAUACCUGUCCUCCUUUUCUCUCCACUCUACAGAAUGGACUCUUGGAAAGCCCUGUGUUACCACAGAGAAAGUAUGGUAAUAUCAAAAGGCUCGGGAAUGGAACAAUAGUUCCCUUUCUCAACCAGUUGAAGGUGUCCGUUGGUACUUAAAGAAUAUGAUGUCAGAUCAGUUGUUGUCUGGGACAUUAUAUCUGAUGAUAGGACGACAUAAAUUGUAUCUUGGAAAGUCUACACAUUCUAGUUAUCAAAUUCACAUGGAAUUGUUGUGGAAUUUAAAUGUUUAAAUAUUAAACGUAAUUUUAACUUCUAAAUUAGAGAAUUGUUUUCAUAAGUAAACUAUGCUCACUCAGUGGCCACGCCCAAGUGAACAGACAUUGGUUGAGAACUAUGAAACACGCCCUUCUCUCCCCCAGUACAAAAGUCCGUUGACGGAAGUUAACCUUAGUUCCCGAUGACGUGAGGACUGGUGUCCGUACGUUUAAAAGGGCUAAUUUCAACUACAACAUAGAAAAAUUAACAUUUAGUUCCAGAAAUGUUAGGACUGCUGUCCUAAUGUUUAAAAGGGCGAAUUUCAACAUGGAGGUGAUGAUCACCUCGCUGAAAUGGUGAAUUUCGACUAGACCAGCCAGAAUACAGCAUAAGCUGAUAAUGGCAAUUUAGUAUGAACAUUGAACGAUUAUUUACUAAAGAAGUGAUACAUCCUAGACGUUGAGUUAUCAGCUGCAGCUGUAAAUGUAUGUGGCCUAGGAAAGGACAGAAAAUCUCCUAAGAAAGACAAGGUACUUUAACGUACCCGCUCUACAACACUACGACCAGAAAUAUUCUUCGAAUGACAAUGGUGAUCUCUGCUGGGCAAACCAGUCUUCCAUCUAUUGAAGCGCAACUCAGAGUAAAUAUAUAUGUUGGAUUUUCCUUUUCUGAAUGGGCGGUUAUUAGAAUGCAUAAGAUUCUGUAUUUACGGUAGCAUAGCUUUUCAAGGUCCGAUAGAGACCCAAUCCCUUUGUCCCUCAGUCUUCCCGCUCUAUCAUUCAAACCCAACCCCCUUCUUUUGUGUAACGAGCCAUCAUAUCGG